AUGGGGUGUGGACUAAGGAAACUAGAAGAUUCUGAUGACAGCAGCCCUGGAAAAAUUUUCUCAACAUUAAAAAGGCCACAAGUGGAAACAAAAAUCGACCUGGCCUAUGAAUAUGUCUUACUGGAUUUUUCUUUAGAAGCUUCCUUGAGUAUCAACGCUAUUAGGAUAAAAUCUUUACUUGAUAUUCCAAGUAAAGUGGAAGAAUACUAUUUAAGAGGCUAUACAGUUGCUGCAGUCCAUCCAGUUAUUGUGUCCAGUGGUCGUAGAAGACAUUUACCUAUUAGUUACUUGUAUCGAGUAGUACUGUAUCGACUUAAAUUAAGUCAACAACAUACCGCACACACAGGACAAAAGCGAGCAAGCCUUGUUGUUGAGGAAUGGAUGUCAAUGUAUGAAGCACUUACAAACGAAGGUGUGAAAAUUCUGAUAGAAAAGGUAAAUGAGGCGUCCAGAAAAGGCAUGAGAUUUAUUGGAUUUCUAACCAAGCACUUUCAUCAGACCACAAAUACCUUAGCAGAUGUAAAAAGCUCAGAGCAAAACAGAAAUGGUACUGAUGAUGUUUAUAAAAAUCGGAAAGAAGGAACUUUAAGUGGCCAUUCCUCCGAAAGUGGAAUUGAUGAAGAUAUCAAUCCAGGAAGCGAACACUUCCAAGACUCUGUAUUUUCUGAUGAGGGCAGUUUGCAUAAAUCAAGAAAAAGUCACGGAAAAACAUUAUAUGCUGUAUUUAAUGCUUUGGAUGAUGAUCUUGCUUGCUACAAAUAUAUUGAAGGCAACCUCUCUAUGAAGGUCUGUAGAAAAGGCCCAACAAUCAGUGCACUUGAAGCUGACUGGCUGGAAAUGACAACAUUUUAUUAUAAGCAAGGCUUUUCUUUAAUUGAUUCUUUUGUUCACUGGGAAACAUUACGAGGAGACCUGUCACCAAAAUCAUUGGAUGGAUUAUUCAUCUAUGAGGAUGAAGCUGCCCAACUAACAGGGUCGAAGAAUAAAGGAAAUGAUGCAAUUAUAGUAGAACAAUGGACUGUAUUUGAGGGCUCUGAAAUUAAAGCUGACUAUGGUCCUUUGCUGCAUACACUGGCUGAAUUUGGAUGGUGCCUUACAUGUGUCAUACCAACACCAAUAAUUAAAUAUAACAGUGAAGGAAAUCUGACUACAAAACAAAUCAUAUUUCUUCAAAGAUCUGCUAUUCCACAUGCACAUUCAGCGGUUCAGUCACCCGAAACGUCUGUGAGACAACAAACAGUAAAUGAAGAGAGGAAUAACAAAUCCAGCAGAAGCAUUGGACAGAAGACUCCAGGAAGCUUUGAAAUUGGGCAACCAUCAAAUGAAUUACAUCUCUCUCCUUCCAAGCAGUACUGGAAUACAGACAACAGUCAGCAUUUUGGAAGUUUUUCUGGUUUCUGCAGCAAUGAUAGUAUGCUAAGAGACCUGGAUGAUGUACAGUAUGAACAAGAAGAAGCCGUGACCCAAGUCACCUGCAUGUGA